AUGGGAACGGGCUCCUCCAGCUAUCGGCCCAAGGCCAUCUAUUUGGACAUCGAUGGACGCAUUCAGAAGGUGGUCUUCAGCAAGUAUUGCAACUCCAGCGACAUUAUGGACCUGUUCUGCAUCGCCACCGGCCUGCCUCGGAACACGACCAUCUCCCUCCUGACCACAGAUGACGCCAUGGUCUCCAUCGACCCCACCAUGCCUGCCAAUUCGGAACGGACUCCCUACAAAGUGAGACCUGUGGCCAUCAAGCAGCUCUCUGAGAAAGAAGAAUUGAUCCAGAGCGUGCUGACCCAGGUGGCAGAGCAGUUCUCAAGAGCGUUUAAAAUCAACGACCUGAAAGCUGAGGUUGCACAUCACUUGGCAGUGCUAGAGAAGCGCGUCGAACUGGAAGGACUGAAAGUGGUGGAGGUUGAGAAAUGCAAGAGUGACAUUAAAAAGAUGAGGGACGAGCUGGCAGCCAGAAGCAACAGGACCAGCUGUCCCUGUAAGUACAGUUUUUUGGAUAACAGCAAGAAGUUGACGUCUCGACGCGAUGUCCCCGCUUAUCCCAAGUACCUGCUGUCCCCUGAGACCGUAGACGCCCUGCGGAAGCCCACCUUCGACGUCUGGCUCUGGGAGCCCAAUGAGAUGCUGAGCUGCUUAGAGCACAUGUACCAUGACCUCGGCCUGGUCAGAGAUUUUGGCAUCAACCCCAUCACCCUCAAGAGGUGGCUGCUCUGCGUGCACGACAACUACCGUAACAACCCUUUCCACAACUUCCGUCACUGCUUCUGCGUCACCCAGAUGAUGUACAGCAUGACCUGGCUCUGCGGGCUGCAGGAGAAAUUUUCCCAAAUGGAUAUCUUGAUCUUAAUGACAGCAGCCAUCUGCCAUGAUUUGGAUCAUCCAGGCUACAACAACACGUACCAGAUCAAUGCCCGCACGGAGCUGGCCAUCCGCUACAAUGACAUCUCGCCCCUGGAGAACCACCACUGUGCCGUGGCCUUCCAGAUCCUCAGCCAGCCCGAGUGUAACAUCUUCUCCAGCGUGCCGGCGGAGGGCUUCAAGCAGAUCAGACAGGGGGUGAUCACGUUAAUCCUGGCCACUGACAUGGCGAGGCACGCGGAAAUUAUGGAUUCUUUCAAAGAAAAAAUGGAGAACUUCGACUACAGCAAUGAGGAGCACAUGACCCUGCUGAAGAUGAUCCUGAUAAAAUGCUGUGACAUCUCUAACGAGGUCCGUCCGAUGGAGGUGGCGGAACCCUGGGUGGACUGUUUAUUAGAGGAGUAUUUCAUGCAGAGCGACCGCGAGAAGUCGGAGGGCCUUCCCGUGGCCCCUUUCAUGGACCGGGACAAAGUGACCAAGGCCACGGCCCAGACCGGGUUCAUCAGCUUUGUGCUGAUCCCGAUGUUCGAAACGGUGACCAAGCUCUUCCCUGCGGUGGAGGAGCUCAUGCUGCAGCCCCUGUGGGAAUCCAGAGACCGCUACGAGGAGCUGAAGCAAAUGGACAACGCCAUGAAGGAGAAGACUGAGAGUCUGACACCUGAGAGCACCACGUCAAGAGAGAAAAGCAGAGAUGGGGGAAAACGUGAAGGAUCCAAGCCAGGCUCCCACACUCCCCCGGGUUGCCAGGUCCCCACUCACCUCCACACUGAGGCUGUCCCCAGUCCACCCAUCCGUAGUGGACGUGACGCCUUGGAAGG